ACGGACCCAGCAGUCCCGGAUCAGUAAGCGGCAGCUGGGGGACCGAAAGCGUUGCUGCUCCGCUGUAGUCCACGCCCCCUUCCUCCGCUCAAGCGACUGCCUCUGCGCAAAGAAAGGUUUGUGGUUUCUGGAGAGCACCUAGCGCCGCCACCGCGCUUCUGCCGUAGAUCCGGCCCAGGUUGACGAAAGACACGGUGAGCCAGCCCCUCUCCCCUAGGCAACCCACACAACCCGGGGUCUGAAGAUGCUGAGAUCAAUGUGGAAUUUUCUGAAACGUCAUAAAAAGAAAUGCAUCUUCCUGGGCACAGUCCUUGGAGGAGUAUAUAUCCUGGGAAAAUAUGGACAGAAAAAAAUUAGAGAAAUACAAGAAAGAGAAGCUGCAGAAUACAUUGCCCAGGCUCGGCGACAGUACCAUUUUGAAAGUAACCAGAGGACUUGCAAUAUGACAGUGCUGUCCAUGCUGCCAACACUGAGAGAGGCCUUAAUGCAGCAGCUCAACUCGGAGAGUCUAACAGCUUUGUUGAAAAACAGGCCUUCAAAUAAGCUGGAAAUAUGGGAGGACCUAAAGAUAAUAAGUUUCACAAGAAGUAUUGUAGCUGUAUAUAGCACGUGUAUGCUGGUGGUUCUUUUGCGAGUCCAGUUAAACAUAAUUGGUGGAUAUAUUUACCUGGAUAAUGCAACAGUUGGCAAAAAUGGCACUACUGUUCUUGCUCCUCCAGAUGUACAGCAGCAGUAUUUAUCAAGUAUCCAGCACCUUCUUGGAGAUGGCCUGACAGAGUUGGUCACUGUCAUUAAACAAGCUGUACAGCGGAUCUUAGGAAGUGUUUCUCUUAAACAUUCCUUGUCUCUUUUGGACUUGGAGCAAAAACUAAAAGAAAUCAGAAUUCUUGUUGAGCAACAUCAGUCUUCUUGGAAUGAUAAAGAUGUGUUCAAGUCGUCACUGUGCCAGUACAUGAUGCCAGAUGAGGAAACACCGUUGGCAGCUCAGGCCUAUGGGCUUUCUCCCAGAGAUAUUACCACUAUUAAACUUCUCAAUGAGACAAGAGACAUGCUGGAUAGUCCAGAUUUUAGUACAGUUCUGAAUACCUGUUUAAACAGAGGCUUCAGUCGACUUCUAGACAACAUGGCAGAAUUCUUUCGACCCACUGAACAGGACCUACAACAUGGUAACUCCAUAAACAGCCUGUCCAGUGUCAGCCUGCCUUUAGCUAAGAUAAUUCCCAUAGUGAACGGACAGAUCCAUUCAGUUUGCAGUGAGACACCUAGUCAUUUUGUGCAGGAUCUGCUGAUGAUGGAGCAAGUGAAAGACUUUGCUGCUAAUGUGUACGAAGCGUUUAGUACCCCCCAACAACUGGAGAAAUGACUGUCUUCUUUCCAGAGAAACUAAAGCGGGGUCAUCUACAUUAAAAAGCACUCUGAAUAAAUCACCUAUACCUAGAGUGACAAUUUGCAACCAAAUGCCUAAUAAAAUAUAUUCUUAAGCAAAGUCUUCAUUUCAUAAUGAAGUAGAUUCAUUUAGCACCUUACUGUAUUUUUAAUCAGCAGUCUACUUCAUCAGGUGUAUCUAACUGGUGCACAGAUUACAUCAGGAUCAAUCAUGAGUUCUUACCGUCUGGAUAGCUGAUCCAAACCAAUAGGUACUUUUAUACGUACAUGGAAUGGAAUGUGCUGUCCUUUCACCCAUAGAAUGAGGGGAAAUACGUCUUGAAAAGUAGAUCUAGGAUGUGUGGACUCUGAAAUUAGGAUGUUUAACUAAUUAUGAAGUUUCCUGGACUCUGAAGUGAGCAAGAGCAAGCCAGAUUCUCUCCAGCCACCCUUAGAAGGCACAUGUGAUUGGCUCACACAUACCGGCCAGAGGGCUUGCCAUCUGGAAAUCAGUGGAUUUAACUCCUAUUUCUUUUCUUCACUGUUGUUUCUUCGGUAUUUAUUUGCAGCAUUUGCUAAAGCUUUGUUAGCAACCCUCAGGAGGUUGCAUAUAGAUUUUCAGGCUAAUGUUACGUUGUUUACUGACAAUUAUUAAUAACUACAGAGAUUUAUUCAUUUGUGUAUAAAUUUAAUAACUUUGUAUUGAUUUUGAGUAUAACUUGUUGCAAUAAACUAUUUUAAUAAAA